UGCUACAGGCGGUUAGACGAUUGCUUAGGGACGUCUACAAAUUACAACACCGAAAAGAGAUACAACAAACAUAUUUAUUAAUUUAAUGAGUAAAUAAGUUAGUGUCUCCAAAACUUAUCUCAGUUAUAACUUGUCUCCUGCUAGUUGUAGGCCUACUUCAGCACUUACUUAAAAAAAAAAAAAAGUUAAAUUAAUAAAUAGUUUUGUUGUAUUUCUUUUUGGUGUUGUAAUUUGUAGAUGUCCCUAAGCACUCGUCUUACUGCCAGUAGUAGCAGCAGCAGCAACAGCAGCGGCAGCAGAGAGCAGAGCUAGUAUUCUUUUAAUCUGCAAGUUGUUGUUCACUGUGUGUGGCUACCGUCCAACAUCCGAUGGCAGAACAACCCUUGAUCGAGUGGAACAGUGGUCUCUUUGACUGCUUUGAAGAUGUGGCGACUUGUUGCUAUGGUUUCUGGUGCUGCCCUUGCCUUGCCAUCACAGUUUCAGAAAGAUUUGGAGAGAACCGUUGUCUCCCAUUAUGUGACAUAUGCACCCCCGCCAUUGCAUAUUGUGGGAUACCACCGUGUGUGGUGCGUCCUGCCGUCCUGUCUCUAAGGGUUGCCAUGCGAAACAGAUACGGUAUCAAGGGUUCUCUGUGUAAGGACAUUGCAGCUGCCUGUUGCUGCGAGACGUGCGCCUGGUGUCAGAUGCAUCGUGAGUUAAAACAUCGCAAAAAAACUCCCACUGUCAUCGUCAAUGUUACAAACGUGAAUGUGCAGCAGCCUGCUCCAGUUAUGAUGGCUCCUAUAAACCCUGCUCCAAUGAUGGCGGCUCCUGAAUGCCCUGCUCCAGGGAUGAUGGCUCCUAUAAACCCUGUUCCAAUGAUGGCGGCUCCUGAAUUCCCUGCUCCAGGGAUGAUGGCUCCUAUAAACCCUGUUCCAAUGAUGGCGGCUCCUGAAUUCCCUGCUCCAGGGAUCAUGGUUCCUCAAUACCCGGCUCCAAUUGGUCCUGAAAACCCUGCCCAAAUGAUGAUGCCUCCUGAGCAGCCUGCUCCAAUGAUGAUGGGUCCUAUAAAGCCUGCUCCAAUGAUGAUGGCUCCUGUAUACCAACACCAGUGAAUACCAAAGACAGAGAGUAUG